AUGGAUCAGAAUUUCUCAAUGGUUCGAGACGGCCAGCAGAAGCUGCUACCGGAGAGAGACUCAUCCAAGCGGGUCCUGACAGGAUGCUUCCUUUUCCUCCUCAUCCUCACCACUCUGCUGGGCAACACGCUCGUGUGUGCAGCCGUCACCAAAUUCCGACACUUGAGGUCGAAGGUCACAAACUUUUUCGUCAUCUCUCUGGCUAUCUCUGAUCUCUUGGUGGCCAUAUUGGUAAUGCCGUGGAAGGCGGCAACGGAGAUUGUGGGUUUUUGGCCCUUUGGCACCUUCUGCAACGUCUGGGUGGCAUUUGACAUCAUGUGCUCCACCGCCUCUAUCCUGAACCUGUGCGUCAUCAGUGUGGACCGUUACUGGGCCAUCUCCAGCCCGUUCCGCUAUGAACGGAAGAUGACCCCCAAAGUGGCGUGUCUGAUGAUUAGCGUGGCCUGGACCCUGUCAGUCCUCAUCUCCUUCAUCCCCGUGCAGCUGAACUGGCACAAAGCGCAGGCUACUAGCUACACUGAGCUGAACGCAACAUACCAAGGUGAACUGCCCGCUGACAAUUGUGACUCCAGCCUUAACAGGACCUACGCCAUCUCCUCCUCCCUCAUCAGCUUCUACAUCCCAGUCGCAAUCAUGAUCGUCACGUACACCCGCAUCUACCGGAUCGCCCAGAAACAGAUACGGAGGAUCUCCGCGCUGGAGCGCGCAGCCGAAAGUGCCAAGCACCGCCACAACAGCAUGGGCAAUACCUCCAACAUGGAGAGCGAGAGCUCCUUCAAAAUGUCCUUCAAACGGGAAACCAAAGUUUUAAAGACGCUCUCGGUCAUCAUGGGUGUGUUUGUCUGCUGCUGGCUCCCCUUCUUCAUCCUCAACUGCAUGGUUCCGUUCUGCGAGCCAAGCCAGCCCGGCGGCGCCGCUGACUUCCCGUGCAUCAGCUCCACCACCUUCGACGUGUUCGUGUGGUUCGGCUGGGCCAACUCCUCGCUCAAUCCCAUCAUCUAUGCCUUCAACGCCGACUUCCGCAAGGCCUUCUCCAUUCUGCUGGGCUGCCACCGGCUGUGCCCGGGGAGUCAUGCCGUCGAGAUCGUCAGCAUCAACAACAACGUGGGUGCCCCCGCCUCCCACCCCGACUCCCAGUAUCAACCCAAGGGUCACAUCCCGAAAGAGGGCAACAACUCGGCCAGCUAUGUGAUCCCCCACAGCGUCCUGUGUCGAGAGGACGAACUGCACAAGGAUGGACGAGGAGGGGGAGCGGGGCCGGCGACGGCAAACAGCGCCACGGAGAAGCCCUCCCCGGCCAUCUCCAGGAACCUCGACGGCAACGCUGACGUCACGCUGGAAAAGAUCAACCCCAUCACGCAGAACGGACAGCAUAAAGCCGUGACGUGUUGA